CCACGCUCUGAACGCACUCUACUCACCUACCGAUGGAUACAGGAUAGCAUUCAACGCUCGCCAUGGCCGCCUCCACAAAAUCCCUCGCCUCUCUCCUCGCCCAGGCAUCCCUCGACGACCACGACGAAGUCCUGAACGCCGCCAAUGCCGCGAUCAAGAAGUCCAAGACGGACUUAGAUGCCCACCAUGCCAGAGCGGUAGCGCUAUUACAUUUGGACCGGUUCGAUGACGCGGUGAAAGCCUUUGAGGAUGUGAAGGGGCUGCAAGAAAAGGCGCCAUUCGAGUAUGCGUACGCGCUGUAUAAAACGGGGAAUGCGGCGAAGGCUGUCGAGGUUGCAGAGGCCGAGGGAGGCGCGAGUCGCGGGAUGAAGCAUGUGCUUGCCCAGGCUGCAUACCGCUCGGAGAACUUCGCCCAAGCCGCCAGCGUGUACCGUGAAUUGGCCAGCCAGGGUGUCAAAGACGAGGAGUACGACAUACGAAUUAACUCGGGCGCCGUAGACGCGCAGUUGGAGUGGUCCGGACAGGGCGAGCUAGCGCAGAAGAAGAAACCCGAGAGAGAGGAUCUGGCAGUCUUCGAAACGGCGUACAAUGCAGCCUGCGGAAGCAUAGCGCGAGCCGAAUACGCGCAGGGAGAAAUAUGCUUGAAAAGGGCAAAGAAUCUAUGCGAGGCUUUGUCGGAUCUGUCAGAGGCGGAGAAGCAGGCAGAGAUUCUGCCUAUCACAGUACAGCAAGUCUUCGUGCUCACACAAAUGGGAAGGGUAGACGAGGCGGAGCAGCUAGCUACGACGAUACCCUUCACCGAGAUCAAGGAGCUGUCCACACGAUACCUUGCCCAAGUAAACAGCAUCGCUGCCUCGAAGGAUCAUUCAAAUCCGUACCUCUCACAUCGCCUUUUCCACUCCUCACCAAAGCCUCCGAAGACGGACCAGCACUUCGCCUUUCAGUCUAACCUGCUACGUCAAGAUGAAUACGUCGUUUCGCUCCUCUCACAAAAGGUAGCCGGGGUUGCUUCAUCUACCGAAAAGGUGAUAUCGACGGCGCCGGCUCCUACGCUCUCUCCUGCCGUCAACAUGGCUGCCGUUCUGAACGCAGCAGCGCACUCACGAAACGCCGCAACCGAGAAAGCCGCCCUGAAGGAAAUCCUUCCUUUGCUAGAGAAGAGGCCGAAUGAUGUGGGCCUCAUCCUGACCAUCACACAUCUCUACGUCUUGACAGGGAACCACGCUGCCGCAGCACACCUGCUAGAAUCCUUCUUCAAGCGCCUUGAGCGGUCCGGCGACGCAUCAGACCUCGACGUGCGCUUCGCGCCAGGCCUCGUCGCCACUCUCGUCUCGCUAUACUCACAACAAGGCCGUCCAGGGGCCUCGAAGUCUGAACUAGCAAAAGCAGCAGAAUACUGGCGGAAACCGCACAAGUCGAAAACACAACCUCCGUCCAAAGCGCUGCUUGUAUCCGCGGGAACAGCAUUGCUAGACACACACAAUUCGGAAAAUAUUAAGGCAGCAGGCGAAAUAUUCAGGAAUCUGUACGAUCAAGAUAACUCUGACCGGGCAGCCAUCGCCGGCCUGGUCGCCGCAUACUCCAUAACGGACCCAUCCGGUCUCCCCUCUGACCUCACCUCCCUGCUUCCAGAAGCCUCUCGACUCGUCUCCGACAUCGACGCCGCUACGCUUGAAGACGCUGGUGUACCCCUCGGCACUCUAACGACCACGUCCGUUCAACAAAUAGAGGCCCGCAAACGCAUAGCGCCUAAACCCGAGCUUUCGAAACCGAAGAAGAUGCGGAAGAGCAGGAUGCCCAAGGACUUCGAUCCGAAUAAGAAGAUGGAUCCAGAGCGGUGGCUGCCAAUGAGGGAUAGGAGUUACUAUCGGCCGAAGGGCAAGAAGGGAAAGAAGAAAAUGGAGGGAUUGACGCAGGGUGGUGUGGUGACGGAAGAGAAGGCCCCUGCGACCCAGGCCGGUGGACAGCAGAAGGCUGGAGGAGGUGGUGGUGGGAAAAAGAAGAAGGGAAAGGGUGGGAAGUGGUAGGGUUGGUGCACUCCGGCGACCAUGGGAAGCGAGGGUCGAGGAGAUGUGAAGCAAGCCGUUUAGCGAGAAAAGACAAGAAAUGGGAAGCCCGUCGCGAUUCUCUCUAUCUCAUGGAUGCGUGAAGCUGCCCAAACCGCUGUCUCACGAGUAGCGAGACCAAUCUCCAUCGAAUUCGAGCUUCACUGGCGUAGUGCUAAAUUAGACCAGAUACAUCGAAUACGACCACCGCUGGCCCGAAAUGCUAGUAACGCUGUCAUUUAGAUCUUGAGCUCACCCUUGCGUAACGUGGAUGCCACGUCGGCGUGUCAAUUCAA